AUGUAUGUCUAUGUGUACGCCUCUGUAUAUGGCUAUGUGUUUGGCAAUGUGUAUGUAUAUGUGUACGCUUCUGUGUAUGGCUAUGUGUAUGGCUAUGUGUUUGGCAAUGUGUAUGUCUAUAUGAACGUCUAUGUGUAUGGCUAUGUGUAUGGCUAUGUGUUUGGCAAUGUGUAUGGCUAUGUGUACGUCUAUGCGUAUGGCUAUGUGUUUGGCAAUGUGUACGUCUAUGUGUAUGUCUAUGUGUAUGGCUAUGUGUAUGGAUAUGUGUUUGGCAAUGUGUAUUUCUAUGUGUAUGGCUAUGUGUAUGGUUAUGUGUUUGGCAAUGUGUACGUCUAUGUGUAUGGCUAUGUGUAUGGCUAUGUAUUUGGCAAUGUGUAUGACUAUGUGUACGUCUAUGUGUAUGGCUAUGUGUACGUCUAUGUGUACGUCUAUGUGUAUGGCUAUGUGUAUGGCUAUGUGUUUGGCAAUGUGUAUGGCUAUGUGUAA